CAAAUUUUUUUUUUCUUUCAACAAAGUAGUUUUAUAUUGAUUUUUUCUUCUGUAAUGGGGCGGGUCAGAGAACUCAUUUCCCAAUGAAGAUGGGAAUAAGGGAUCCUCAAUAUGAAUAUUGCAGGUAUGAAGGCGGGAAUGGGGGGAAAAAACUUAACAGGGAUGGGGAUAAGAUUCGCAUAUCCACCCACGAUUCGACCCAUUGUCAUCCCUAACUGUAGGCACAUCCCUCUUUAAUGUUGCAUUUUCAGUUUUUAGAUUUUUAUAUAUUUAUAUAUUUACUUAAUAAUAAUUAAAAAAAAUUCGUAUGAAAAUAAAGAAAACUAUUUAAGUCGCUGCGUGGGUCAAGAGGCUAGUAAGAGAUGCAGCAAAAGUAUUGCAAUGAAUUAUAAUUUACAACCUUGGGUUUGAAAAAAAAAAAAAAAAAGGAGAAUCACAACCUUGGGUUUCGAUAAAAAAAAAAAAAAAAAAAAUUACAACCUUGGUGGAAUUAAAGGUGAGAUGGCGAGUAGUGCGCUGCGCCUGAUGAGCCCGCAACAAAUGUUAUUGUUUGUCUUUUGUACUACGAGUAAUAAUAGCAAGGCAAAACUGAGAUCCUGCCCAGAGUCAAAGAGUUGACUAGGUGCACGCGAUUUUCAAUUAACUUUUCUUCGUAAAAUAAACAAAUGUUUGUUCCAUUAUUGAAUUACUAUACUACCCUUUGACCAACGACCCCUCAUCAAUCCUAAUGCAACAUGGAAUCCUACUUCGAUCACAAUUCCUAAUUUAAAUUGGAGACCGCCUUAGCUUUCUGUAUAUAAACGUUACAAGACUUUCCAACAAGCCUCACAAUUUGGUUCUGCUACAAUUAUUCUACACCAUACUCGAACCCUAAUUCGUGUCGUCUUCAAUUCUUGCUUCCCGAUUUUCGUCUCGAUGGAUCAACCGAUGGAGAGGCGAAGCGAAGUCUCCUGCUGCUGCCGGUUAUCUACAUUAGCCGUGAUUGAGCCUGAAACUGACUUGCCAUGUACCCAAUUCUUGAUCACUGUCAAGUCCACGACAUUUACUUUUAAUCACGCCUCGGAUGAAGAAAACGACGCCGUUUCACCGCCCACUUCAGAAUACUACUCGCACGAGCUCCAACUUGACCUACUGAUGGACGAAAAUGCGUCGAGGGCAAAGCUCGCCGAGGCUCUGCUUUCCGAGCUGCAUUGCCCGCCGGAGCUCUGCGCCGCCAUGGUGGAUAAGGUAGCAAACGGCGCCGUUGCGGAAGAGGCUAGUUCCCGCCCUUUCUCGGACUUCAUGCUCGUUCACAUCGAGGCGUGCCUCGAUGUUUUCGUCGAGCAGUUCGGCGGCUCCGAGGAGGAGGAGGCGACCGCCCCGAAAUUCGUGCCGGCGAGCAGGGCGGCGAUUUCGAAGUUGGAGACGGCGACGGUUGAAGAAUCGGCGGUGUGCGCGGUUUGUCUGGAGGAGAUGGCCGUUGGAUCGGACUCCACGUGUAUGCCGUGCUCGCAUCUUUAUCACCGGGGCUGCAUUGUGGAGUGGCUGCAGAAGAGCAGGGUUUGCCCGAUGUGUCGGUUUUCUCUGCCUGCCGAUCUGUCGGGGCGCUGGUCGGGUCGGCAAACCGGAUCUUCUAUUUUGUUGCCCGAUUAGACAACGGACACCGAAGUGUUUGUUGAAAUGCCGCUGAGAGGAUACGGCACCAAAUAUCACUUGCCCGAUUGAUAUUCUUUAUUUCUUUAUUUUUUUAAGUCUCUGGAUGGAUGUAAAUUGAUGGUUCUUUAUUUUUGUUAUUAAUGAAUAUGAUUGUUCCUAA